UCCAAAAUGGUACACUGGCACAGCGUCAACAUUCUUCCAUACAAACAUCUUCUUACAAAUAAAGUAAGGGACGUUCCUAACCCUUCAAAACGUGCAUGGCUACCAUUUUCUAAAAUUCAAGAAAGACAUUUGAGUUGUUUCAUUUUGGGAAAUGCCCUCUGAAACAUUGAGAAAAGUUCUCCAACUAACGGAAAUGUAUCCCGGUUUGUUCUGGAAAGGGUGGACUGUGACUUCAUUCUUCAUUGGCGGAAAAAAAAUACAGUUUAUAAAAUAAUGCUAACAACGAAACAAGUUCACUGUAAAUGUAUUGAUGAUUGCGAAAUGUUGUAUCCACAAAUCCAAAUUUUGCCUUUUUGAGAAGGAAAACUAGACAGUACACGAGUAUUACAUUUAACUACAAACUUUAAAACGGUUAUUAUAUUUUCUUCGUUUGAAUAUUUGACAACAAAUGUCGUCCGCGCUUUGCAGGUGUGUCAAGGGCAAGAAAACGGAAUGACCAAAAUGAUUCCGGUUCAUUGUGCCGCCUGUUGGGGGUAACCUUUCACGCGUACAAUUAUGUAUUUCUUUUUCAACUGUUACGUAUUGCUAUCACGAGUUUUUUUUUUUUUUUUUCUGGCGUUGGCAUAGAACAUUUUAAUCCGUUGGGAAAUAAGAAAGUCGCGUCUUCAUUUAAAUGUCCGCGCAUUGACGACGACGGGAACGUCGACCUCCCCAACAUGGCCGCCAACAGGGCCCUGCCUUCGCUUACAGCGUUCAUGUCUAUGAUUCGCACGUCGAACCCGACUUCCCCUUUUGGCUCCCUUUGAGCGCCAUCUGUUCUGUCCAAUGAGACGUCCGAGAAGACGAUUAGGUAAUCACAAUACAGUGGGCGCAGCCAAUCACGGGACGUUUUUUUUUUUUUUCUCUUGCCAACACGCGCGUACUCAUCCGCGUGCUCGCCUAACGUCAAGGGGACAGUCACGUGAAGGCGCUCGCCCGGAGCUGAUUGGGCGAGACGCGCAGAGGGCGUGCCCCCACGACGGCGUGCGUGCGCGCGCGCGUUUGACACUGAGACACAAUUACAACAACUUUGAGCCGAUGCUUGGCGAACUUUGCCAUAUUAGCAAAUUGCAGGCGAGCGUAAAAACAAACAAACAAACAAACAAAUCCACCGUUGCAACCACACACCAGUGCCUGGAGUCCCGGCGUUAAUAUGAGGCGGCUGGAAGCUAAUCGGAAGGGCUGCUUUCCUUGAGGAUUGGGAACGAAAAAGACGCGACGCGACGCGACGCCCCGCGCGAGAACGAGGUGCGCGUCCGCUCCCGCCGCCCGCCGCCCGUUGCAGUUCCAACUUGUCCAGCAUGAAAUCGUGCGGAGUGUCGCUCGUCGCCCUCGCCGCCGCCUCCUCUUCGGCUGCUGCGCGGAGUCUGAGCGCCGCCGCUAAUGACGACGAGAAAAUGGCGUCGACAAGAGCGAGCGAAACCGAAGAGGACUUUCCGACGCUCACGACGCAAGAGAGAGAGAGUCUGCUCGGAAUUGACAGCUCACAGUUUGGAUUUCACAGGCUUCAAGAAGAUGGCGCCAGAACGAAGGCCUUGCUGUUGAAGGCCGUCGGCUGCUAUAACGCCGUCGUCCUGAAAGCGGAAGGGAAAGUAGAUCCUGAGGUUUUCUGUCAGCUUGGCCAUUUCCACCUCCUGUUGGAGGAUUAUCCAAAAGCAUUAUCCGCGUACCAGAAGUACUUCGGUUUACAGGCGGACUAUUGGAAGAACGCUGCCUUUUUGUACGGCCUGGGCUUGGUCUACUUCCACUACAAUGCGUUUCACUGGGCAAUCAAGGCUUUUCAGGAGGUGCUCUACAUUGACCCCACUUUCUCCCGAGCUAAAGAGAUUCACCUGCGACUGGGACUUAUGUUUAAAGUCAACACCGACCACGAGUCCAGCUUAAAGCAUUUUCAGCUGGCGCUGAUCGACUCAACCCUCUGCACUUUGUCCAAAACUGAAAUUCAGUUCCACAUUGCUCAUCUGUAUGAGAUCCAGAAGAAGUACCGAGCAGCGAGAGAAGCUUAUGAGAAUCUGUUGCAGACGGAGCGUCUUCCUGCUCAGGUGAAGGCCAGCGCGCUGCAACAGCUCGGCUGGAUGCAUCACACUGUGGAGCACGUAGGAGAGAAAGCCACCAAGGACGCCUACGCCAUCCAAUGUCUGCAGAAGUCCAUAGAAGCGGACCCGAACUCUGGCCAGUCCUGGUACUUUCUUGGGAGGUGCUACUCCAGUAUCGGCAAGGUCCAGGAUGCGUUCAUCUCCUACCGCCAGUCCAUCGAUAAGUCCGAGGCCAGCGCCGACACCUGGUGCUCCAUAGGCGUGCUCUACCAGCAGCAGAACCAGCCUAUGGACGCGCUGCAGGCCUACAUCUGCGCCGUACAGCUGGACCACAACCACGCCGCCGCCUGGAUGGACCUGGGCACGCUCUACGAGAGCUGCGGGCAGCCGCACGACGCCAUCAAGUGCUACGUCAACGCCGCGCGCAGCAAAGCCUGCGUCAACGCCGCCGCGCUGGCUCAGCGCGUCAAGCUGCUGCAGGCUCAGUUGUGUAACCUACAGCCAGGUAGUCUGCAAAAUAAGAGUAAAAUGCUCCCUAGUAUUGAGGAGGCGUGGAGCCUGCCCAUCCCCGCCGAGCUCACGUCCAGGCAGGGGGCCUUGAACGCCGCGCAGGCACAGCAGGCUUGCAAGGGGGAGGGGGCCCAAAGCGACCUUCGUGCCAGUCCUGCCAAAAAGAAACGCGCUGCCAGCCCAGCCCAAAGCGUUUCGGACUCGUGCGCAGACGGCGCCAAUCAACAGCCGACCCCCGGCUGGUACCUUACACCGCAGAAGCUUCAGCUUCUGGACCAUUUACGAACCAACAGAGCCAUCCUCAAGCCCCUCCAGGUGCAGAUGCUGAGCCAGCUGGAGAACCAGUUUUCACUUAUGCAGCAGCAGGUGAGGCAUCAGGCGAUGGCGGGCGUCCAACCGCGCAUCAGUCCUCAGCCAGAGUCCCCCACCUGCCGCCAAGACCCCCCACGCUCUUCCCCCCUCAGUCACGCAGCCAUCAUCGCCCAAACCACGACCAACGGGUCUCGCUCAAGUCCGCCGUCGGGGCCUCUCGACGCCGGGUCACCGGGAGGGGGCGGCGCGAGCGACGCAAACGUGCCUUACGCGCAGCAGAAUUGUCUACCUCAGGACUGCGGAGCCGUCGGCGCCGGUCCCGCCCAUGCGAACGGGACGCUGACGAGUCCGCAUCGCGACGCCAACACUCAGGGUCCGGGUUCGCAUUUGGCAGGUCCCAAUGGAGAACCCCCUUUCUCGUCCUCCUCCCCCCAGACCUUGUUCUCUUCCUCAGCUAUUCUCAAUCAGGUGGGACAUUCUUCUGGGCCCUGCACCGUCUCGUCCUCGGCGUCCUCCUUAUCCCCCGCCUCCCCCAGGUCCACGCCCAACCGCUUGUCCUCGCCUAGCCACGUCGCCGCUACCUCGGGGCUCCGCACCAAAGACGACGCGCCUUCCGGGGGUGGCGGGGGGGCAGCCGCCGCAAAUCUCGGCACCGAUCGCGCGGGGCUCCGGGCCGAGGACGGGCCCGACUCUCCGCUCGCCGUUUCAGACAAUCCUCCGCUCUCCCCCUCGCUGAAGGGAAAAGCCGACCCCGCCGCCAGUGACGACAAUAAUAACUGUCGUGACCUCGGAGGGCCUUUCUCAGAGAAACUCAACAACGUGCACGCUGCUUCGGAGGACCCCUCGCCGUCGUCGCCAGUGUCCGCCGCCCGCUCUCCCCGGAGCCCCUCCUGCCUUAACGGUCGGGGGCCGCAAAAGACGGCGGCCCCGGGAGAGGCCCGGGCCCUCCGCGGGCGCUCGGCCUCCGCCGGCCUGGCCCCCUGGUCUUCGGUUUCCAUCUACCCCGGCUCCGGCGAGGUGCUGAAAGCCUGCAGGAACUUGGGCAAGAACGGCCUGUCGGCGAGCGGCGUCUUUCUGGACAAGUGCCCGCCGCCGCGACCCCCGAGCACGCCCACCCCUCCGCUGCCAAAGGACAAGCUCAACCCGCCCACGCCCAGCAUUUAUUUGGAAAACAAGAGGGACGCCUUCUACCCUCCCCUCCAUCAGUUCUGCACCAACCCUGCCAAUCCCGUCACCGUCAUCAGGGGCCUGGCGGGAGCCCUCAAACUGGACUUGGGCCUCUUCUCCACCAAGACUCUGGUGGAGGCCAACCCCGACCACCUGGUGGAAGUGCGGACCCAGUUGGCCCAGCCCGCCGACGAGAACUGGGACCCCAGCGGCAGCCGCAAGAUGUGGCGCUGCGAGAGCGGCCGCUCGCACACCACCAUCGUCAAGUACGCCCAGUAUCAGGCCUCGUCCUUCCAGGAGUCGCUUCGGGAGGAGAACGAGAAGAAGAAGGAGACGGAAGCGGAGGCGGCUCCGUCCGACAGGCGGAGGAAAUGUCCUUUCAAGCACAUCAAGUUCGGCACCAACAUUGACCUCUCCGACGAAAAGAAGUGGAAGCAGCAGCUCCAGGAGCUGAGCAAGCUCCCGGCCUUCGCCCGGGUGGUCUCGGCCGGCAACCUGCUGAGCCACGUGGGCCACGCCAUCCUGGGCAUGAACACGGUGCAGCUCUACAUGAAGGUUCCCGGGAGCAGGACGCCAGGUCACCAGGAGAACAACAACUUCUGCUCGGUGAACAUCAACAUCGGCCCCGGCGACUGCGAAUGGUUCGCCGUGCCUGAAGCGUACUGGGGUGUCAUCAACGGCUUCUGCGAAAAGAACAACGUCAACUUCCUGAUGGGCUCCUGGUGGCCGAACCUGGAAGACCUGUACGAGACCAACGUGCCCGUGUACCGCUUCAUCCAGCGGCCCGGGGACCUGGUGUGGCUCAACGCCGGCGCCGUCCACUGGGUGCAGGCCGUCGGCUGGUGCAACAACGUCGCGUGGAACGUGGGACCCCUCACAGCUCACCAGUACAAGCUGGCGGUCGAGCGCUACGAGUGGAACAAGCUGCAGAGCGUCAAGUCCAUCGUGCCCAUGAUCCAUUUGUCCUGGAACCUGGCCCGGAACAUCAAAGUCGCUGACCGCAAGCUCUUUGAGAUGAUCAAGUACUGCUUGCUGCGGACCCUCAAGCGCUGCCAGAUGCAGCGGGAGCUCCUGUUGGCCGCCGGGAAGGAGUUGGUGUGGCACGGGCGCGCCCACAACGAGCCCGCGCACUACUGCAGCAUCUGUGAGGUGGAGGUUUACGACCUGCUCUUCGUGACCACCGAGAGCAACAGCAGGAAGACGUACGUGGUGCACUGCCAGGACUGCGCCCGCAGGGGGAGCCCCGGCCUGGACGACUUUGUGGUGCUGGAGCAGUACAAGGUCGAAGAACUCAUGCAGGUCUACGACCGCUUCACUCUGGCGAGUCCCUCGCCUUCCUCUUGAUGAUGAAGAUGACGACGAUGAUGACGCGGCUCUUGCAGACCGACCCGACCCCCCCCC